AUGGGUCUCCACAAUAAGCCCAUCAUAAUCGACGGUAAGGAUCACCUCCUCGGACGUCUGGCUUCGAUCGUUGCCAAGCAGCUCCUUCAAGGCGAAAAGGUUGCUGUUCUGCGAUGUGAAGAAAUCGCCAUUUCUGGAAAUUUCCACCGAUCAAAACUGAAGUACAUGAGUUUCCUCCGCAAAAGAUGUAAUAUCAAUCCCGCUCGUGGUGCUUUCCACUACAGAUCACCUGGAAAGAUUUUCUGGAGAACUGUAAGAGGAAUGCUGCCUCACAAGACUCCUCAUGGAAAUGCUGCACUGAAGAAUCUCAGAGUUUAUGAGGGUGUUCCAAGCGCAUAUGAUCGCGUCAAGAAGAUGAAUGCACCUGUCGCUAACCGACAUCUUUGCCUGAAACCACGACGCAAGCACUGUACAGUUGGCCGCCUUUCACACGAAGUCGGAUGGAAGUACCAGGAUGUUGUAGCCAAGCUUGAAGCUAAGAGGAAAGUUAAGGGAGCAGCAUACCACGAUCAGAAGAAGAAGCUCGACAAGUUGUACGAACAGGCCAAGAAAAACGCCGCUGCCAAGAUUGCUCCGUACCAGAAGAUCAUUGAGAGUUAUGGAUACAAUUAA